AUGCUGGUGAAAAGUCAGGACGAGGGAAGGCGUCUGGACGACCUGCAAGAAACGUUUGACACACUCAGGCAGUAUAACAUGAGGUUGAAUCUCAGCAAGUGUGCUUUCGGAGUGUUAUCCGGGAAAUUCCUAGGGUUCAUGGUUUCACAUAAGGGGAUUGAAGCAAAUCCAGACAAGAUCCAGACGAUAUUGAACAUGGAACCUCCACAGAAUAUCAAAGAAGUUCAGUCUCUUACAGGACGAGUUGUUGCCCUCAACAGGUUUGUUUCUAAAGCCACUGAUAAAUGUUUGCCAUUUUUUAAGGUACUUAAAAAGGCAUUUGAAUGGACGGACGAAUGUCAAAAAGCCUUUCAAGAAAUGAAAAUCUACCUCACUACGGCUCCUCUACUAAGUCCAUUCGUGCUGGGAGAGGAGUUGUAUUUGUACUUAGCAGUUACCCCACAUGUCAUUAGUUCAACAUUGAUAAGGAACGAAGGAAGAGUGCAAAAGCCCGUGUACUAUACAAGCAGAGCACUCAAGGGAUUGGAAGGACAAUAUCCGCUAAUAGAGAAGCUGGCUUUUGCAUUGAUAACGGCUUCCAGAAAGCUAAGGCAUUACUUUCAAGCUCAUGUCAUCAAUGUCAUGACUGACCAUCCGCUCAAGAAAGCAAUGAACAAGCUAGAAGUUGCAGGACGAUUGAUCCAAUGGGCUGUCGAGCUUAGUGAAUUUUAUAUCAGAUAUCAACCAAGGCAUGCAAUAAAAGCUCAAGCCCUGGCAGAUUUCAUUGCAGAGUUCACUCCGAGUUAUGAACACUUAAGCGAGGUGGAAAAUAGAAACAAAUGGGUCAUCCAUGUGGAUGGCUCAUCAACACAGUUAGCAGGAGGAAUAGGAGUUGUUUUGUUGUCCCCGGAAGGAGAUAAAUUGAAGCAUAAGGUUCGUCUACAGUAUCAAACAACCAACAAUGAAGCUGAGUAUGAAACCUUUCUUAAAGGAUUGGAGUUGGCUAAAUCCGUAGAAGCAGAAAUGAUACUCGUCCUGGGAGAUUCUCAGCUAGUUAUGGGCCAAGUAAAUGGGACAUGCGAAGCCAAAGAAAAACGAAUGAAGAAGUACCUUAAUAAGGUGGUACGUCUUGUAAAGAAGUUUAAGGAAGUCGAUUUCAUUCAGAUCCCAAGAAAAGAAAAUAUGGAGGCAGAUACUUUAGCAAAAAAAGCCUCAGUAAGCGAAGGACUGGACAAGUUUGAUGAAAUUCAAUACCUGCCCAGCAUAGACUUUCCAGAGGUGCAUCAGAUAGAGGGUGAAGAAAAUUGGAUGACUCCAAUAAUAUCAUACUUGAAGGACGGAAAGCUUCUAGAAGGAAAAGACGAGGCCAGGAAGCUCAGAGUCAAAUCAGCCAGAUACGUCCUCAUAAAUGAGGUGCUAUACAAGAGGAGUUUUUCACAACCUUAUCUGAGGUGUUUAGCUUCGGACGAGGCCAACUAUGUAUUGAGGGAAGUUCAUGAAGGAGCAUGUGGCAACCACUCAAAAGCCAGAUCACUUGUCCACAAAGUCAUCUGCGCAGGCUAUUACAGGCCAAACAUGCAAGCUAAUGCCAAGGCAUAUGUCAAGGUCUGUGAUCAAUGCCAAAGAUUUAGUAAUGUUCCCAGACAACCAUCAGAAUAUCUCACCCCAAUGAUGGCCCCAUGGCCUUUUGCACAAUGA